AUGCCGCACACCCACCACACCCACCCCGAAUACAGCCAUACAUACCGCCCGAACGCGCACACUUUCUCAGCGCUACCACCAGGCCUUGGCUCCGGAUAUUCUCCAGCAUCCGAGGCGGUAUCAGCGGUGGUCCAAAAUUCACCAGCGAGCGGAACUACAGUAGAGGGCAGCGAAGAUACACACGGACGUACUAUACCGGGCGGUUCACAAGCGGGCCUUCUCACAGACGAUCUAUACUAUGCGCCAAUGCCGGUGGGAGGGCAAAACCCUGGUGAUGGCUCUGUGCUGAUGCCGACACCCACACGAGGCACAAAACGCAGUCAUGAAACCACUGAAGACGAUUCCUCACGGCAACACCGACGCCUCACCACCAAAGAAGAAGUAGCCCUCUUUGAUAUCUGCAAUCAACACGCAGACACUUUUGGCAGCCGCAGCAAUCUAUGCAAAUGGUGGCAGUCCGUCGCCACAGAAUUCCAACGCACCCACCAUGGUCGUUCUUAUUCAUGGCACUCAGUGCGGCGCAAGGUCGAAGUAGUCACUAGACAGCGGAUCAAAUUCCUCGAAGAUCAGCGCAACCGUACGACAAAUGCCCCAAGCUCAGCAGCCGAGGAACUGAUGAAUCCGCAAUGGCUCGCAGCCGUCGACGCCUGGAUCCCCACCUGGCAGCGAUGGGAGGAAUCAGAAAACCGACGGAUCGCAAAGCGCGACGAGAUCAAGAAGCGGAGACAGCCGCAGCCGUGGCGCGACUCGAAAACCGAAGAUUGGAGGAAUAUGUCAACACCACCUGCUCCUAGUCCCGAUAUCACAAUGCUGGGCAUUCUACCCACUGCAAAUGACAUCCCAGCCAGUCCAUCUCCCCCGGCUGCAAUCCAACCAGCCCCAUUUCUCGACUCGCCUUCGACCCCUGCUUCGGCGUCUACAUCACUAAAGCUCCCGCCUGGAUUCGAGACUAUGUUCUCAAACCCCGUGCAACCACCACCUUCGACUCCAUCGGCCCCGCCCGGCGACGGCCGUAUGGUCUCGGCCGUUUUGGAAACUCUGGGAAAAUUGAAUAAGCACCUUGAUGCUGCUUCUGUGGGAACUGAACCUAGUCCUGCCACCCCUGUCCUCUCGGCUUUGGUACAGGCUGCUUCCGAGACGCCGAGUCAGAGUAGAAGAUCUCCUCGACCGGCGCAACUGGAAAUGCAAUCUCAUCUUACGCAUGGGGACAUCGAGCGGAUGAAAGAGGAGCUGAGACAGGAAAUGCAGGGUCAGUUUCGACGAGAAUUGGAGAGGAGUCGAGCGGCUAUGGAGGAGAAGUUGGAUUCUGUGCAGCAGACUCAGGAGAUGAUUCUUGAGAUGUUGAGACAGGAACCUGGGAGAUAA